UCUCAAGUGGGAAAAGUGAAAUUUACCCUUAAUAUUGUACUAAUUAUAGAAAAUUUAAAAGGCUGCAAAACCCCAAUUAUCGAAUAAUAUUUUACUAAUUAUCUUGUUGGUCAAAAUAAUCGUUGACUUAAAAACAGUGCAAAAAUUCGAAAAAAAAUGUCGAGUUUGGGAUCGGAGGGGGUUUUGGCGGGGACGACGGACGACAAUUUCUGCAUGGAGACUGACCCUCCAUUAACGGACGACUACGCCACCACCGAGGAUUGGCGGUGCGCACUCGGCAAGGUGGUUCCCUCCGUCGUCGUGCUCCGCACAACCAUCUGCCGGACAUUUGACACGGAGGCCGCCGGCGCAUCCCAGGCCACCGGAUUCGUGGUUGACAAGCACCGCGGCAUCAUCCUCACCAAUCGCCACGUCGUCAAACCUGGUCCGUUGAUGGCGGAAGCUAUGUUCGUGAAUCGCGAAGAGAUUCCGGUGUACCCACUGUACAGAGACCCUGUACAUGAUUUCGGCUUCUUCCGCUACGAGCCAUCCGCUGUACAGUUUCUGGACUACGACGAAAUCCCUCUUGCCCCCGAGGCUGCUCGUGUGGGGCUUGAAAUUCGGGUUGUCGGCAACGACAGUGGAGAAAAGGUCUCGAUUUUGGCUGGCACACUUGCUCGUUUGGAUAGAGACGCCCCGCUCUAUAAAAAGGAUGGUUACAAUGACUUCAACACAUUCUACAUACAAGCAGCUUCCGGAACAAAAGGUGGUUCAAGUGGGUCUCCUGUAAUUGACCGGCAAGGUCGAGCAGUUGCCUUGAAUGCUGGGGGUAGGACAUCCGGCGCUUCAGCAUUUUUCUUACCUUUAGAACGAGUUGUCAGGGCUUUGGCAAUUUUGCAGAAAGGAAACGACUCUGUGACAAAUAAGGCCUCGAUUCCUCGCGGUACACUUCAGGCUACAUUUAUCCACAAAGGAUUCGACGAGACACGUCGACUUGGCCUCAGAAGCAAAACCGAACAGAUAGUGCGAAAUGCUUCUCCACCUGCGGAAACUGGAAUGCUCGUUGUCGAUUCUGUGGUGCCGUAUGGCCCAGCUGAUAAGCAUUUGGAGCCGGGCGAUGUGCUUGUUUACUUGAAUGGAGAGGUUACUACCCAAUUUCUGAAGAUGGAAAGUUUGCUCGACGACAGUGUCGACUGCAAAGUCGAACUCCAGAUUGAAAGGGGAGGCAAACCUUUGACUCUGACAUUGACCGUUCAGGAUUUGCACUCUGUUACUCCCGAUCAUUUUCUUGAAGUCGGUGGUGCUGUAAUACAUCCUCUCUCUUAUCAACAGGCGAGGAAUUUCCGUUUCCAGUGCGGUCUUGUAUAUGUUGCAGAUCAGGGUUAUUUGCUAUCGAGAGCUGGUGUUCCACGCCAUGCUGUUAUUAAGAAGUUUGGCGGUGAAGACAUAACAAGACUCGAAGAUUUCGUUUCCGUGUUGUCUAAGGUGUCGAGGGGUGUAAGAGUACCGUUGGAAUAUAUAAGCUAUAAGGAUCGUCACCGCAGAAAGUCCGCCAUUGUCACAAUCGAUCGGCAUGAGUGGUACGCCCCUCCUGAAUUGUACACUCGUAAUGAUAGUUCUGGGCUGUGGACUAUUAGACCAGCUUUGCCGCCAGAAUCUCCGCUUCUAUCACCACCCUUAACCAAUACGGUGGCGGACUUGUCUGCUGCUAGCGUUUUAUUACACGACUUUUCCUUACAAGAACCUAGGCAAGAAAGAGAUAAUCGAGAUAAUGCAGUACCUGAGCGUGUGAUCGAGCCUUCCCUAGUUAUGCUCGAGGUUCAUGUGCCGUUAUCAUGCAUGCUCGAUGGUGUGAACUCGAAGCAUUUUUCUGGAACUGGUGUUAUCGUUUAUCACUCUCAAAAUAUGGGAUUAAUUGCAGUGGAUAAAAAUACUGUAGUUGUAUCCGUAUCUGACGUAAUGCUGUCUUUUGCGGCCUAUCCAAUCGAAAUUCCGGGCGAGGUUGUUUUUCUCCAUCCUGUACACAAUUUUGCGUUUGUUGCGUAUGACCCUUCUGCCCUUGGACCCGGUGCUUCUCUAGUUCGAGCUGCCCAACUUCUCCCUGAACCUGCAUUAUGUCGUGGAGAUUCUGUAUAUCUAGUGGGAUUGAGUAAAAGUCUACAAGCAACUUCAAGAAAAUCGUUUGUCACAGAUCCUUCUGCUGCUCUUGAUAUCGGCUCGAGCCACUCUCCAAGAUACAGAGCGACCAAUAUGGAAGUAAUCGAGCUCGAUUCUGAUUUCGGUAGUAAGUUUUCUGGUGUACUUGCGGACGAGCUCGGAAGGGUUCAUGCUAUUUGGGGAAGCUUUUCGAAUUACGUCAAAUACAAUUCUAGUUUGUCCGAUGGGCAGCAUCAAUUUGUUCGAGGUAUUCCAAUUUACGCAAUAAGUCAGAUCCUUGACAAAAUUGUAUCCGGCGCGGAUACUGGCCCCGUUCGUCUCGUAAACGGAAUCAAAAGGAAUAUGCCACUCGUAAGAAUUUUGGAGGUUGAACUUUUUCCGACUUUGCUUUCUAAAGCUCGUAGCUUUGGCCUGAGCGACACUUCGAUCCAGGCACUGGUUAAUAAAGAUCCAAUGAGGCGUCAGGUUUUGAGGGUUAAGGGUUGUUUGGCAGGAUCGAAAGCUGAAAAUGUACUCGAACAAGGCGACAUGCUUUUGGCUAUCAAUAAAGAUCCCGUUACAUGCUUUCGUGACAUCGAAGACGCUUGCCAACAAUUAGACCGCUGUAAUCAAACCAACGGAGUUCUCACACUCACAAUUUUCCGUCAGGGCCGUGAGAUUGAACUAGCGGUGGGAACGGAUGUGAGGGAUGGGAGUGGGACCACACGCAUGAUAAAUUGGGGUGGUUGCGUAGUGCAGGACACUCAUUCUGCCGUUCGAGCUCUCGGAUUUCUGCCUCAAGUAGGGCAUGGUGUAUAUGUUGUGAAGUGGUGUCAUGGGAGCCCUGGAAAUCGAUAUGGUUUGUAUGUUACGCAAUGGAUCGUAGAAGUAAACGGGAAACCGACUCCAGAUUUGGAUGCAUUUUCCGCUGUUACGAAGGAAAUUGAACACGGCGAGUUUGUUCGUCUGAACACAAUAUACUUGAGCGGGAAGCCUCGAGUGCUUACACUGAAGCAGGAUUUGCACUACUGGCCCACGUGGGAGCUGAGGUUUGAUCCUGAAACUGCAAUGUGGCGUCGAACGACAAUUAAAGCUCUCGAAAGUUCCAUUGUUUGAUUAUCAAUGUGUAAUCUGUA